AUGGUGAGAAAAUUUCCCGAAGGGUUCAAAUUCGGUGCAUCCACAUCUGCCUACCAAGUGGAAGGGGCCUGGAAUGUCGAUGGUAAAACGAAUAGCAUUUGGGAUGAAUUUGCUCAUAAUCGGACUUAUUUGAUCAGGGACGGUUCGAACGGAGAUGUUGCUACAAACUCUUAUUAUUUAUAUAAGAGAGAUGUGGAAAUGUUAAGAGAACUUGGUGUUGACUUCUACCGAUUUUCCCUUUCGUGGUCUAGGAUUUUACCAACUAGCUUUCCUGAUAAAAUCAAUAAAGCGGGUGUAGAGUACUAUAAUAAUCUUAUCGAUGAACUUUUAAAAUAUAAUAUUGAGCCAGUAGUAACAAUUUACCAUUGGGAUCUGCCACAGAAGCUGCAAGAAAUGGGCGGUUGGACCAACCCCCAUGUCGUACAAUGGUAUGCAGAUUUUGCUCGAAUAGCAUUUACGUUGUUCGGCGAUAGAGUCAAGUACUGGAACACAGUGAAUGAGCCGAGCCAAAUUUGUUAUUUUGGUUACGAAACGGAAUUUUUGGCUCCUGGUUUGAAAAUAUUAGGAGUUAGUUGCUAUUUGUGCGUUAAGAAUCUUCUACUGGCGCACGCUACUGCGUACCAUAUGUACGACAACGAAUUCAGACCUCAACAAAAUGGAAUCAUCUUUAUAACAAUAAGCGUUCUAGAUUUCACACCUCUGUGGGAGGAUCAAGAAGAUGCUGCAAAUGUUGCUCAUCAAUUUGAAUCUGGAAUAUUCAUCCAUCCCAUUUUCUCGAAGACUGGGGAUUACCCACCGUUGGUGACGGCUAAGGUCGCUGCCAAGAGCGCUGAGCAAGGAUUUUUCAGAUCUAGACUUCCUAAAUUAUCUCAAGAAGAAAUCGAAUUCAUACGAGGAACUUCAGAUUACUUUGGAUUAAAUUACUAUGUUACGCUACUUGUAUACAGGGACAAGUUUGAUGAAAAACCUUAUGAAUCUCCUUCAGUUUUAGAUGACAUAGAUAUUCGGUUUUAUGCUGCACCGGGGUCAAGUAUCAUGAACUCUACAUUGUCUUUGCCACAAGGUUUCUACGAAAUACUGCGGAUGAUACGAGAAGAGUUCGGCAAUCCUCCUGUAUUUAUAACGGAGAACGGUUUUACUAGUCCAAAUACUUUAGUGGAUAUUGACCGAAUCAAUAAACUAAAGAGUUACAUGUCAGCUGUAUUGGAUGCUAUCGACAGUGGGAGCAACGUCGUAGCCUACACGAUCUGGAGUCUCAUGGAUAAUUUUGAAUGGUUCAAUGGUUAUUUAGCACGAUUUGGACUAUACCAAGUGGAUUACAAUUCUCCGCUGCGCACGCGCACCCCGCGCAUGUCUGCUUUCUUCUUCAAGGACGUUAUACGAGAGCGCGCUCUCGACCCACUUUGGGCGCAAUAUGACUUCAGUAGGCCGAUGACGAUUGACGAGGGACAC